UCCUUUACACAGUUUCAACUUCUUCCAUAUCCCGAUAAAAGAAGAAAAAGUCAGGAAGAGAGGAAGAAUCAAAGGUUGUGUGUAACUCAGUAAUAUACAAGCCCGACUUGUCUUCAGGGACGUAAUACACAUACACAUACACACACCAAGACCCCGGAUCCAGGAUAGUCGCCAUGCUUGGAUCUGCGCUGAAGACUGUGCUUGUGCCCAGAAGACAAAUCACUCUCACUCCACUGUCUCUGGCAUUACUGAACACUAUUAAUAAAAGGUCAAUCUCCUAUCAUUCAUCAAGAAUCCAUGCUGGAUCUAGAUCGACUGUAUCUGAAAGUGGACUACCACUGACCCCACUUCUUCAAGGCUCAGCCUCAGUAACGACAGCAACAACAACAAUAGUAUCGUCGUCAAUGACAGUAGCGACGGCCUCACACUCUAUCCCCAGCCAUCUUCAGACCCGCUGUAUCUCAAUCAAUUCAAUAUCCCAUUCUCCAUCAGCUUUAGAUAAGCAACUGAACAAUAUAAUUGCUGCCUCCUUAAAUCCUGAUAUAAUCAUUGGCGAUGUUACGGCUGCAGAGAUCAAAUGCAACGAUCCGCUUCUCUCAAAGAAAACUAAGGAGGCUAUCAGACUGGCCAGGAAGAGAGCCAAAGAUGAACAAAAUAGAGCAAAAAAAAAGGCUGCUCGGGCUGGCCGUAAGGGUGAGGACCUGAUCCGUAUUGGGGAGCAAACCCGUGUGAAAACGUUGGAAAUUAAUUUAGCCAAACUCCUUCCUCCUGAAGUGCAGUCACCAGUGAUUGCAGCAAAGGCAGCAGAUUUGGCGAAGCAGAAAGAAAAGGGGGCACAAGUGUCCGAGCAACUGAAACCGAAAAAAACAACAACACCAUCAACAACACCAUCAACGGCAACAGCACCAACAACAACAAAGACUAGCACAAAGUUGAUGAACGGAUCAGACGAACAAAGUCCACCAGCCAGUACUCCUGAUAGUACCUUAACAUCUACAACAGUGAACACCAAGAUACUGCCAGCUGUUGUCCAUCAUACCUCAGCUAAACAAACACCGCGCACAUUACCAACCGCAAGGAUAAGACCCGCUGUAGAACAUCAUCAUCGACUAGGACCUUCACAUCGCGCUAUGACAAAGCCGGUGGAGUUUGUAGCCGGUUCUGAACCUGUCAGCAUACCCAUUCAAAUAUUAUGCGAUGCUUUGCUGGAAGCCAAAGUGAAGCAAGUUCGAGAUGGGCCUCCUGUCUUUGUUGCAUCCACUUAUGAAGCAGCAGAACAGGCGAUGGAACUCUUUAUAGAAUAUUACAAGGAAGUGAAUAGGAGCAAAGGCAAGGAUAAGAAUGGUAAAGAAGUUAGUGACGGCGCUCCAGGACCCGUAGGAUUUGAUACCGAGACCUCAACGUCAUUAAUCCCAAGGAGUGGGCAGGAUACAUCCCUGGUCCAAAUCGCGACACGCGACAUCUGUUUGAUGUUUCAGGUCUACAGGAUUGCUACUGACCCACGCUCGCCUCAACGGUUUCCUCCUCGGCUGAAAGCUUUUCUCGAAGAUCCGAAUCAGAUCAAAGCCGGGGUCGGGGCCACCAUGGAUGGUGAGCACUUGAAAAGAUUCUAUGGCGUGAACUGUGCGGGUAUAGUCAGUCUGGAGGCCAUGUCUGCUGAACGAAAACUUGCGCCUGUAUCAUUACAAGAAUUGGAUGCAAUGUUUGGCCUUCCAGGACGUGAAGUUGUGAAAACCAAGGCAGUCAUAAAAUGCAACUGGGAUAAAAAGCAAUUAGAUCCAAGGUGGAUUUGGUACGCAGCCAAGGAUGCGUUUGCGGGCGCCAUAAUUUAUGAAAAUAUGAUGGCCAAUAAUGUCAGGAAAGACUAUGUUCCAUAUAACGAGCAGUUUCCCUUGUCAGAAAAAGAGGAAAACGACGAGAUUUUUUUGCUCUUGGCGCGCUCAUUAGGGAAGGGCAAGUCUGCACCACUCUUUGUUGUUCAAACCAUCACCACUAAUCACUAUCCUCGAUUCCGCAAGCUUUAUCAUGUCGAAGAAAGGAAAGAACAAGCCAUGAAACGUAUUCAGAUGCUGUUGGACGAAGGUCGGCUCCGAUUAGCUGACGACAGCAAAAAGACUACUUCCGUAUCUGAGUUGGGAAGCAACGAUAUCAUUAUAAUUAAAGGACAGUCGAUCUCUAGCAUGAUAACAACCCCUGAAGGCGUCGAAGUCCUUAAGCCAUAUUUCAACAAUCCGCCAUUGGAUUCAUCAGCAAUAACUGGAAGCCAAACUAUGCUCAUAGAUAACAUCAUUAGUAAAGAUGGAUUAUCAUCUUCUGAAGCUUUUGGAGCUGUAGCUGCUUUGGACCUAGACCUAAUGGAUCUCAAAUUAUUCUUGAAAGGGGAGCGUCUUUGGGACCGUGAGCGAAGGCCCGGUAGUUUGGUUAAUACCUAUAUCCAUUUGAGGAACAUGGCGAAAAAGGCAGAAGAUUUGGUCGAUGAGAUAAGAGAAGUCGAGUCUGCGGACACGAAGAGCACAUUUAAUGGUAGCAACGACAACAACAACAACAACAACAACAGCAACAACAACGAUAAUAGACCCGAUCCAAUAGUGACAACAGAGACAAAAGAACAGCUACUAUCAGAGCCCGAGACGAUAACCCCACAACGAUCAUCUGAAAAGGGUUUUACAGAAGAAGCAGCGAUAGUUGAAGCAAGCGUAGCAAAAGAAGGAGAGCAAGAGGAAGAAGAGGGAGGAAGGGGAGGAGCAAAAGAGAAAAGAGCAUUCUUAACGGAAUCUAAAAUGGUGGAUCGCAAAAUGAACAGCUUCCUUGCCGAUUUUAUCAGACGGCUCUUGGAGCGUGGAAUUUUACAUUGGGCCAGGGACGGCAUAGUGGCCAUAUCGCCUGAGCUUGAGAAGAAAUUGUUGGAUGCAGUUCCGUCACCACCUCCACAGGCGCUUGAGAAUGUGGAUUUAAACUCUAAUCCAAACUCAACUUUAGAUGGAGAAGACCAGGACCAGGAUCAGAACGUUAUAUCAGAGCCGGGGUUAUUCAACUCUCGGAAUACUGAAGUAGAGUUGAAGACGGAGAUAGUGGCUGAUCAACCCAAAACAGAGUCCUCUUGA